ACCAUACUCGAUAAAAUGAAGGUUCCCGAAAAGGAGUUGAUGAGUGACAUUUUGAGGCGACUGACAGGCGAAUCUGCUCUACCGGUUUACAGCAACAUCGAGAAAUUCAAACGAGUCAACGACGACUACUAUGUAGUUGCAGAGGACUUCCACGAAAGUGUGAGAAAAAGAGAACAGGUCAAUGCUAAGGAGCGGCUUCGGAUACGGAACCUUAACACCAUGUUCUCACGCUUGAAGCGAAUGGUACCUCUGAUGCGUCCAGACCGCAAGCCCAGCAAAGUAGACACUCUUAAAGCGGCGACAGAGUACAUUCGAUUACUACUUGCAGUUUUGCAAGACACGGAAACUACUGUGGGCAGUGAGACAGACUUCCUAAAGAAUGCAAUCACCUAUGGUCAGCCAGAAGGCUUUGACAGUGAUCUUUGGAGGGUGGAUGAUUUUCUGAAUCUGUCAGAGGACCACACCGAAGACUGCUUCAUCAUGCCCUCUGAAUCAGGAACAGAAGAUGGAGAUUUGACCAGAUUGGUGUUCCAACAUUGUGCGAUGCCUGCAUACCAGUUCAUCAUUCAAGGAGCACCCAACCAAUCUUCGGGAUCUUUCCUAUGAAGAACAACCUUCAGCAGCUUCAGCAACCUUCAGCAAGAUGCUAGAAGGUGCCCUUUAUUUUUUUAUUUAACUUUUGCAAGUUGUAUUAGUUUGUUAGAUUGGAAAAUUUAUUUCACUAAAUAUGGUCUUGUUAACAUUUACAAUGGACAACGUAUUUUGAUUUGACAUGAUUGUAAGUCUUAGUUUUGUACUUGCUGUACCAUGUGCAAGAUAAUUGUGGGGAAAAUGUUUGCUUUAUUUACUGUAAUGGGAAAUUUGUUUAUUUAAAAUAAAUUAAAAUGACAGCAUUUUUCCCCUCAACUGUUGUCAAGUCUUCUGAAUGUACAAUUUCUUUCCCCGUUCCAAAUCGUACAGGACAUCAACAUUAUGGAUCAAAGUUAAAUUUAAAGUUUGAUGGUUAAUUUCUUUUUCUUGUAUGAAUGGAGACUUAGGCGGCCUGGUGAUCAAGUGGUUAGCGCGUUGACCUCACAGUGCAGAAAUGCAGGGUUCCAUUCCGACUCCGGCGUCCCUGUGUGGAGUUUGCAUGUUCUCCCAGUGCCUGCGUGGGUUUACUUUGGGCACUCCUACAUUCCAAGAACAUGCUUGGCAGGUUAAUGGAACACUAUAAAUUGUCCCUAGGUGUGAGUGUGAGCGCGGAUGGUUGUUCGUCUCGGUGUACCCGGCAAAUUGGCUGGCAACCGGUUCAGGGUGUCCCCCACCUCCUGCCUGAAGACAGCUGGGAUAGGUUCCAGCACCCCUCGCGACCCUUGUGAGGAUAAAGCGGAUCAGGAAAUGGAUGGAUGAAAAAUGGAUUACAGUAACUGAUAUACUUUGUAGUAAGCUUACAAAUAUAACAGUCAUCAGCACAAAGCAAAUAUAAUUUCUUUUUUUUUAAGAUUAUCACAAAAUAUGUAGGACUGAAAAUAAAUUGACAACGGUUCCAUCAUUCUUGCAAAUAGUGCAGAGAAGCGACACCACUUUUGAUCACCCCAUUAUUUCAGAAAGAAAUGUGACUGAAUAGCAUUAGUAGACUGAUAUGCAGUAAACUAGUACAGGAAGCCUGUCCAGGAAAUAAUUUUUUCACCUAAUCCAAAUAUCUACAACACCUCAAAUAAAUAGCUUAACUCCAGUCUGUCAAACCCCUUUUCAGUGUCAAACUAAAUCACUUAUUAGUCUAGAACCACUGACGCUCUUGUGAAUCCAAUUUGGUCACCGGUGAUAAUUAUGAGACUUAUCUGAAGACAUAGAGUGAAAGCUUUUUCUAAAAUUUCUGCAUCCACAUUUAUCAGUGACAUAGGUCCAUAAGAAGUGCAUAAAUCUGGAUUCUUCUCCUUUUUAAAUCAGACAUUAAUGGAGGCCGAAGACAAGGUGGGCGAGAAAGAUCCAGAAUGCAGUGACUCAAAAUGAAGACACUUGCAGCAGCAGGAUCAAUUGUUUGUCUGUACCGUUCCCUCUUCUCACAAAACAUAUUCCGUAAGGUGUUUUCAAUAAAUAUCACAAUA